AUGUCAUCUUGUGAACAUCUAUCAAUGGAUAAUCAUCAUUAUAAUCAUAAUCCUAAUGAACUAUAUACAUUAGAGGUACAAUCUAUUGAAAUAGUUGAUAAACUUUCAAAUCAUAUAACAGAAGAAAAAUUAAUUAAACGAGAUUAUUGGAAAGGAAAAAUUGAUUUCCUUAUUGCAUGUUUAGGAUUUUCAAUUGGACUUGGUAAUGUAUGGAGAUUUCCAUAUUUAUGUUAUAAAAAUGGUGGCG